AUGGCUCGUGGAGACUCAACACCGCCCGACUCACCCCUCACCUCGGACCACAACGAUACCUCCGAGGAGGAGGAGGUCCACGAUUAUGAGGAUGAGUCGCUCCUGCGUCCCUCGAAGCGCCAGAAGCUAGGCGCAGCCUCGACAACGUCUCCUGCGGUGGUCGCGGAACCCGAACCAGAAGCCGUACCCGAGCCGGAUCCCUUGGAGGGCAUGUCGGACGUGUCUUCGGACACGUCUGGCGACAUUCCCAGCUCUCCCAUCAACGCCAAACUAGACGAGGAAGACUUCCAGGAGCAGGUAACUUCCUGUGCCUGGGAAGGCUGCGACGCGGGUGAUUUUGGCAACAUGGACAAGUUGGUGGAGCAUGUUCACAGCGAUCACAUCGAAAGCCGGCAGAAGAAAUACACGUGCGAAUGGACCGGAUGCAGUAGAAAGAGCAUGGGGCAUGCUAGUGGUUACGCAUUGAAAGCCCACAUGCGAAGCCAUACCAGGGAGAAGCCUUUCUACUGUUAUCUACCAGAAUGCGAUAGAUCAUUUACGAGAUCAGAUGCUCUCGCUAAGCACAUGCGGACCGUCCACGAGACAGAGGCCCUGCGUCCCUCCGACCCUGUCCCCAAGUCUAUGCAAGCGGGCCCCACGGGAAAGGGAAAGCUCAAAAUCAUCAUCAAGACUCCUCAAUCACACGCUGCGGGACACGAUGAUGCCAUCGAUGACGGAGCUGACGACGACGAGCUCUCUGCCGACCUGUUUACUCCCUUGACUGAAGAUCAAGGCUUCACUCCUGAAGAGCUCAAGAUCCCCCUUGAGAGGCUAUACAAGCUCUGUAGAUUCCAAGUCAAGUGGGCGCAAGAGGAGUCGGUCAAGCUGGCGGAAGAGGUCAAGUACUGGGAGAAGCAGUACAAGGACCUGUGGCGCGAGAAGGAGGUUCUCUUCUCCCAGGUUGUCAAGAGUGAGGUCGACUGGCAUGAACGCAGGCAGGCAGUCCUUUCUGGCGCAGCAGAUGUCCAGCUUUCGGGCGUGCUGGAGAGCCAAGAAGGUAACCAAACAGUCACCAACGGAGAAGGCGCAGACUCCCAGGAAACCUCCAAGGCCGAAGAGACUCUGGCGAAUGGAGCUAAAUCCACCGAAGUAGCGGCAGCUAGUUAG